AAGUGGAUUUUUGAGGAAGACGAUGGCAUAAUGGAUCAUGACACGGACGGAGACGGCGCGAUCAACUUGUCAACGUCGCAGCGACCCUCCGUCGCCACCACCCCUAAUGGUGACACCCCCGCGUACGGCCAGGAUCAACAAGACAACGACCAGGCAACUUCGCUGUUUGCAGCCUUGAAGCAGCAGCAACAGCAAUCACGGGACAGUGUGUCCCAGUCGAGGGAGCGCGAGAAUCGAGAACGGGACCGGCUUGCGGCGCGUAGCCGCGAGAACAGCAGGGGAAACGAGAUAGGCGGCAACGUGACCGAUCAACAGCAACAACAGCAGCAACAGCAGCAGCAGCAAGAGCUAACGAUCGAGUACCAAAGCAAUGGGAAGCUCAGUCCCUCUGGGCACGCACUGACAGCAGCACCGAUGACCCAGCAAAAGCAGCCUAUCAUCACGCAACAAUCGCAACAGCCGAGUUCAGGGGCGCCUGGUCCCCAGCCGAGUCCCCAUCAGAGUCCGCAGGCCCCGCAGAGGGGUUCGCCGCCAAAUCCGUCGCAGGGUCCUCCUCCCGGAGGACCGCCAGGGGCACCACCCUCUCAGAAUCCCUCUCAGAUGAUGCUCAGCCCGGCGAGCGGCAUCCAUCAGAUGCAGCAGCUCCUACAGCAACACAUACUCAGUCCCACGCAACUGCAGUCCUUCAUGCAGCAGCACACGCUUUACCUGCAGCAGCAACAGCAACAACACCAUCAGGAUUCGUCCUCGGAGCACGCGUCGAACCAGGACCGAUUCGGCUACUUUUCGUCCUUAAAAGACCAUCAACACCAGUUCGCGGAGCUGGGCAGGAAGAAGCUGGAACAGGCGAUACAGCAACUGCAGGAACAGUUGCAGCUGAACGUGAUUCAGCAGACGCAUCUGUUGCAAACCGCCGACAAGAAGAAGGCGUCCGCACCCCUACAGCAACUGGCGCUGCAGCAGCAACGCUUGAUACAGCAACUGCAGAUCACGCAGAGCCAGUACCUUCUCCAGCAGGGUCUGGGUCUUCAGGGACACAAUCCUUCUUCAGGUCUACAAGCGGGCGAGGGUCUGCCGAUAUGGAAGUCAGAGACACCGGAAGUCCCGGAAUCCCACCAGAAUUCCAACGUCUCGAAGCCGGGGAGCGGACUGAACGGUAAAGCGGAAUCUCCGCCACUCCUCUCACGUCUCCGCGUGUCUGUUUCUUCUUCCAUCCUCUUAUCCCAGCACAUGAACACGGAGCACACGCUGGACGACAGAUCGACGGCGCAGGCCAGGGUUCAGAUGCAAGUUGUCUCGCAGCUGGAGAUACAGUUGCAGAAGGAACGGGACCGGCUCACCGCCAUGAUGCACCAUUUGCACGUGGCGAAGCAGAUGGCGUCACCGGAACCACCAAAGUCGUCCGAGUCGUCGACCGGCUCGAGUAUACCAAAGCUAAAUCUCUCGACGGCCCUGAUGAGCCAGCCACCCCCUAACUUCGGCGUCUCUCAAGUGUCCCCGGUCUCGAUGUCAGCGCUGGUUUCGGCGGUGAGGUCGCCAGGAGGUGGACAACUGCCGCCGUCCGCCGGCGGCGCACCGAUGCCACCGAUCCCGAACAUGCCGAACAUGUCCGGGAUGCCACCUCUGCCGAACAUGCCCGGCAGUAUGCCCACGCUGCCGACACUGCCCAGCCUUCCAGGACCCAUCAGGCGGCGAAUCAGCGACAAAUCCGCGCUCUCGAUGGCAGGAGGACUGUAUGACGAGGGCACUGUAAGGCGCAGAGUAGCCGUCGAUAGAUCUGGAAUAGAUAUUAAUGAAGGGCUGCCCUACAUGCUGGAGCGUGCUGGCCUUGACGUCCAACAAGAGCUUCAACGAAAUAGGGAAUUUUACAAGAACGCAGACAUCAGACCGCCGUUCACGUAUGCAUCACUGAUCCGGCAGUCGAUCAUCGAGUCCCCGGAGAAGCAGCUGACGCUGAACGAGAUCUACAAUUGGUUCCAGAACACGUUCUGCUACUUCCGGCGCAACGCGGCCACGUGGAAGGUAUAUCGCUUGCACUUCAGUUACGAUUAAGCAUCCUAGCCUCGCGGGGCUCAGAUGAUUUUCGCAGGAAAUGGGAGGAAAUACACGGACGAAGAUCCUUCGUUCGAGUCUCGUUCGGUUGUUCGGGAUCGACGGAAAUGUUUUGCAGCCUAGAUUCCUUUCGGUAUUCGACGAUUUUCAGUGAUUCGAGGCGAUUAGAACGAAUUUCGAGGAAUAACUUAUCAGCGGGAGAGAGUACGGCGCUCGGGUUUCGAGGCAACGCACGGGUUUAACGAUCGAUCCGACCGCGGGAUCGAGUGAUUUUCGCGAACCGUCGAGAGAGAUGUCCGGCGGAAAGAAAACGAGGGAAAAAAAAGAGUACCGUUAGCCGGUGAACCGCGGCGCGGUUUAGGUAGCCUGGAAAUAAAUUCUGCCUCUAAAUGGAUGAACUCAGCGUGGCACGGGAGUUAUGCAACGUUUGAUUGCGAGCCACAAAGACGAAACGACUGGUCGUGCAAUUUGCAUUUACGAGCAGAUUAAGCUGAAUGCGUUUAACUAGAAAGGAUGAGCUUUCAAGAAUCUCAGAUAAUCUUACGUAUUAAUUUGAAUUAACAGGCUAAGUGACGCGCCGAGCAGACG